AUGAUUGAUCAAUGGAGUACACAAAUCAAGUGUAAAGCUAAUAGUGAAGACAUUAAACCUGAAGACGUUUUGAAUGAAAUUUUAAAAUCUAUGGAAAAAUGGUCUGGUGAACAUGAAAGAUUACCGAAUUUGAAACGUCGUAUGCUUGAUUCUGUAUCGUCUAUUGAAAGUACCUCUGGUAUUGGUCUUAGUUCCGGUGCAACAAACAGUCCGAUGAUACCACAAUCAUCAAAAAAUAGUUUAAUGAUCAAUUCAACAAUUUCACCAUUCUCUCCAAGUUUAUUACCAAAAGGAUCAACAUUAACAAAUCAAAGAUCUACAUCAAUGGAAUGGACAACUGGUCGUUUUCAUGGCCAUUCUAGUGGUCAUCCAUUUGGAUUAAAUUUCAAAGAGAUUAAUUAUGGAUUAGGUACAACCAGUGGUACAUCGUUGAUAAAUGGUUUUCGUGGCAGUGCAUUAAGUCUUGCAACAAGCACCGGAAUAGGUGGUGGAAGCAGUUAUAGUUUAAUGGUUAAUAGUCGUUGUGGCAGAUCAGUUUCACCUGAAGUUACUGUGAAAAAGAUAUCAAACUAUCCUGAUCCAACGCUUGGAUUUUUAGUUCGUCCAACUUCUAAACAAGGUUCACAGGAUAGUUUGGCUAGUAUUAAUGAUUAUUCUCAAAGAUCAUUUACAUUACCAGGUAAACCACCAAUUAGAAGUGUUAUCUCACCAGCAAGACAAAGAAAUGAUCUAAAUAAUUCAUCUAAUCUUAUUCCUACUACCACUACUACUCAUAAUAAUAAUAAACAUACUACUGAUUUAUCACCAAAACUAAUUGAUGAUAAAUCAAAAUCAAUAUUAAACGUUGAUUUCGAUAAAAUCAAUACAACGAAUCAUCAUCAUCAUCAUAAACAAAAUGAUAAAAAUCAAUUAAAAUUAAUUGAUAAUACAGAUAAAUCAAUAAAUAAUGGUACAACACAUUCACGUUUAUCAUUUACUAAUCGUUUUACUCGUUGGUCUAAUCAUUCUAAUAAUAAACAUCUUGAAAAAGCUCAUUCAGUUGAACCAAAUUCAUUGAAUGAUUUCAAAGAGAAUCUAUCUGAUCAUAAUGAUAAUAAUCAUUCUAUUAUUAAAACGAUUAGUAAAUCACGUGAGAAUCUCUUUAUGAGAUCAACAAAAAAAGAUAAAACUCAUGUCAAAACAAAUUCACAAGAAAAAUCCAAAAGUAAUAUUCCUCAGUCGAAUGAAUUCACAUCUACAUCAAGAUCAUUAUCAUCAAUGACAACAACUACUACAACAGUAACCAACACCACCACCACCACAGCAACAACAACAACAACAACAUCAUCAUCAUCAAUAAAUCAUAAUGAUACUUCUUUACAAUCUAAUCAAUCAAUAGUGAAACGAUCCAAAUCUGUAUCGAAUAUAUCCCCAGCAAUUAUGGCUUUAAGACAAAAAUUUUCAGGUGGUGGUAAAUCAUAAAUAUAAAUAGAUUAUAUGUCAUAUUACAUAAUUGAUUGAAAUAUUAUGAUUAAAUGGAUAAUAAAGAUUUCAUUGAGAUACAUUUAUGAUACCCAUUAUUGGAACAUACUAAACUUGUACUGUUUAAGUAUAUUAAAUAUUAUUGUGUAAGCUCAUUAUUCGAGAACAGUUAUGAAUAAAGCUCACAGAAGAAGAAAAAAAAAGAAAAAAGGAAGGAAGCAGCAACAAUUCUUUUCAUUGUACCACCACCUUUUUUUGUUCAUUCAAUUUCUGUAACUUUAUGGGAUAAUUACUAGGGCGUUUUUUUGGAUAUUAUUAUUACUAUGAUUAUUAUUCACCCUUUUGAAAACCACUCAUAAAUGAUGAAUACAAUUUAUGAAUCAAAUUUACAGGUCUAUGUAAAUGAUCUUUAGUCAUUG